AUUAUUGUUUACUUGAUAAAAACACAUGAAAAACAACAUCAGGAAGUACUUUCAGGAAGUAGUUUUGGCUACGUUGAGUGACAGCCCACACGGGAGCUCGUCGAGCAGAUAAUCAAGAUGGCAGGUCUGUCUUUAUAUUUUGAAGAUGGUCAUGAUGAUUUGGAUGACUUUGGGUUCGAUGACUAUGGAUCAGAGUGUGAUGGAAUUCGCAUCACAGCUUUCUUGGACGCAGGGCAAGACAAUCUCACCCCCCUGGGGAGACUAGAGAAAUAUGCCUUCAGUGAAAACGUCUUCAACAGGCAGAUCGUGGCACGCGGGCUGCUUGAUGUGCUUCGAGAGUUCAGUGACAAUGAGAAUGACUUUAUUAGUGUCAUGGAGACAGUUGCCCGAAUGUCAGAAGACGGAGAGCCCACCGUGCGCGCCGAGCUGAUGGAGCAGGUGCCCAACAUCGCCAUGUUCCUACACGAGAGCCAGCCCAACUUCCCAGCAGCCUUCUCCAGAUACCUGGUGCCCAUCGUGGUGCGCUAUCUCACAGACCCCAAUAACCAGGUGCGGAAGACCAGUCAGGCGGCCCUGCUAGUGCUGUUAGAGCAGGGCCUCAUCUGCAAGGGCGACAUGGAGACCAAAGUGUGUCCUGUUCUACUAGACCUCACCGAGCCCAGCAGCGACGACGACUACAAGAUAGAGGCUGUCGCGAUCAUGUGUAAGCUGGUAACCAUGCUGAGCAAAGACACAGUGGAGCACCUGCUGCUGCUGCGCUUCUGUGAGCUGUGCAGUGAUGCCAGGCUCUUCCAAGUCCGCAAGGUGUGUGCAGCCAAUUUCGGAGAGUUCUGUUCCAUUGUGGGUCAGGAUGCCACAGAGAAACUACUGAUGUCCAAGUUCUUUGACCUGUGCUCGGAUAGCCUGUGGGGCAUCCGGAAGGCGUGCGCAGAGUGCUUCAUGAUCGUCUCCAACUCCACCUCCCCCGAAGUGCGACGCACUAAACUGUCCCCCCUCUUCAUCAGCCUCAUCAGUGACCAAUCACGCUGGGUGCGCCAGGCUGCCUUUCAGUCUCUGGGACGCUUCAUCUCCACCUUUGCCAACCCCUCCAGCACAGGCCUCUACUUCAAAGAGGACGGCACACUACUGGAGAUCCCCAGGUGUCCUUUUGACAGAGAUUCCCACCUCUGCAUCGAGUCCUCCAUGCACUGCUCCUUCAACGGCACCACAGAGAGACCCUCGCACACACCCAUCAACCAAGAUGGCCGCUCCACCCCAUCCGUAGAAUGCAUGUCCGGGGGAGACAGCGGCGGCGACUCCACACACACUCCUCCCCGAGACCGACACGAAGGCCAGGAACGCAACAACAACAACAACCCUCCUCCCACAAACAACAAAAACAAGGAGACGGAACAAACAGACGAGAAUUUUAACUCUUUCCACUACUGGAGGCCUCCGUUACCGGAUAUCAGCGAGGAGCUGGAGAUACUGAAAGACGAGGGUCCUCUGCAGAACCAGACGAAGGGAGAGAAGAAGGAGGAGAUGGUGCUAGAGGACGGGGAGAUGGAGGGAAAGAAGGAGAUGGCUAGUCUGGAGCCAGUCACCAGCUCUCAGAUCCAGAAGGUGUUGGACUGCCUCCAGCCCCACAUGGACGACCCCGAUGCACAAGCCCAAGUGCAGGUGCUCUCGGCCGCCCUGAAGGCUGCCCAGCUGGAGACCCAAUCUGAGGAGACGGAGAGUCAGUCAGAGAGCCAGCCACCAGAGGAUGAGGAUGGGGAAGGGGAACCAGACGAGGAGUUCUCCAAGAACGGAGGGACCGCUGAGGAGGAACAGGCACAUAAGGAGCCUCCCCAGCAGACCACUGAUUCGGCACCCAUAGAGUCUCAGGAAUCAUCCCCCGACUCGCCUGUCCUUGUACGGGACGACUCGGACCACAGCAGUGUGGAGUCGGAGCUGAUCGAGAGUGUGGAGGAAGAGGGGAAGGAGGACUCUGCUCCCAACCAGGUGUGUGAGGAGGAGGAGGAGGAGAAGUCCAAGGUCCAGAAUGUGAUUCCACAGCAGCUGCUGGACCAGUACCUUUCCAUGACGGACCCGGCACGAGCCCAGACGGUGGACACAGAGAUUGCCAAGCACUGUGCGUUCAGCCUGCCCGGCGUAGCCCUCACCCUGGGCCAACAGAACUGGCACUGCCUCAAGGACACCUACGAGACCCUCGCCACCGACGUACAGUGGAAGGUGCGCCGUACGCUGGCGUUCUCCAUCCACGAGCUGGCAGUGAUCCUGGGAGACCAGCUGACGGCGGCCGACCUGGUGCCCAUCUUCAACGGCUUCCUCAAGGACCUUGACGAGGUGCGCAUCGGCGUGCUCAAACACCUCUAUGACUUCCUUAAGUUGCUCCAUGCCGAGAAGAGGAGAGAGUACCUGUACCAGCUGCAGGAGUUCAUGGUGACCGACAACAGCCGCAACUGGAGGUUUAGAUACGAGCUGGCCGAGCAGCUUAUCCUGAUCAUAGAGUUGUACAGCCACUACGAUGUGUAUGACUACCUCAGACAAAUAGCACUGACCCUAUGCUCAGACAAAGUGUCGGAAGUUCGGUGGAUCUCUUACAAGCUGGUGGUGGAGAUCUUACAGAAGAUGUAUGCAUGUGGAGCCCAUGACCUGGGCCUGAACUUCAUCAACGAGCUCAUCGUCCGCUUCUGCCACUGUCCCAAGUGGGUGGGCCGCCAGGCCUUCGCCUUUAUCUGCCAGGCCAUAGUGGAAGAGGACUGUAUGCCAAUGGACCAGUUUGCCCAGCACCUCCUCCCCAGUCUACUCAGCCUAUCGUCGGACCCAGUCGCCAACGUCCGUGUGCUGGUGGCCAAAGCACUGCGGCAGAGUGUCAUGGAGAAAGCGUACUUUAAAGAGCCAGGCAGUGCCUACUCAGAUGAGCUGGAGGAGACUGUGAUGGCCCUGCAGGCGGAUAAGGACCGAGACGUACGCUUCUUUGCCAGCCAGGAUCCCAACAUGGCCCUUAUGGACACUGCUGCCUUAAUCUAGACCCAGCCAGCCAAGCUGGUCCGCGCACAGAAAACAACUAUCACCAGCAGCAGACCUGACCAGACCACUCGCCUGAGGAAAUAAAGGCACUGAUACCACUCAUACAUAAACAUACAUACAUGCAUAGACUUACAUACAAUCAUUCAUGUUCUCUCACUCUCAAACACACUCAUACACACACACACAUACACUCAUGUGAAUACUGACACGUAUCAUACGUAAAUGCAUGCUCACCAACACACACACACACACAAACAGAUGCACAUACCCAAGUGUUUGCACAUACACACCAUGUGCAACAAGCACUCUAAUCUCUGGGACUCCUCCCAUUAGAGAACAAUGAACACGACUUGGGGGAU